AUGAUUAUUGGUGCUGGACCCAUCGUCAUCGGCCAGGCGUGCGAGUUUGACUACUCCGGUACUCAGGCUUGCAAGUCUCUCAGGGCUGAGGGUUACGAUGUUGUGCUUCUCAACUCCAACCCGGCCACCAUCAUGACUGAUCCGGAGACGGCGAAUCGUACUUACGUCGGGCCCAUGACCCCCGAGCUUGUUGAACAGAUCUUGAUCAAGGAGAAGCCUGACGCCUUGCUUCCCACCAUGGGUGGUCAGACGGCGCUCAACCUCACCAAGACUCUCGCCGAGAAUGGAAUCCUCGAGAAGCACGGCGUAGAGCUGAUCGGCGCCAAGCUCGAUGCGAUUAACAAGGCCGAGGACCGUCAGCUCUUUAAGGAGGCCAUGGAAAAGAUCGGCUUGAAGACGCCCCCCUCUGGAACUGCCAACAACUGGGAUGAGGCUGUCGAGAUCGCCGACUACAUUGGCUCCUUUCCUCUGAUCAUCCGCCCAGCGUUCACCCUUGGUGGCUCGGGCGGUGGCAUUGCUUACAACAUGGAGGAAUUCAAGACCAUCGUGACCAGCGGCCUGAAUGCCUCGACCACAACUCAGGUACUCAUCGAGAAGUCUCUACUUGGCUGGAAGGAGUACGAGCUCGAGGUGAUGCGCGAUUUGGCUGAUAAUGUCGUGAUUGUGUGCUCUAUCGAGAAUCUCGAUCCCAUGGGCGUGCAUACCGGCGAUUCAAUCACGAUUGCUCCUGCUCAGACUCUCACUGAUAAGGAAUAUCAGCGCCUCCGUGAUGCUUCCGUCGACAUCAUCCGUGAGAUCGGUGUGGAAUGCGGUGGUUCGAAUGUACAGAUGGCGGUCAAUCCCGCGGAUGGUGAGCUCAUGAUCAUCGAAAUGAAUCCUCGUGUGAGCCGAUCCUCUGCCUUGGCGUCCAAGGCGACGGGUUUCCCGAUUGCUAAGAUGGCUGCAAAGCUUGCAGUCGGCUGCACCCUUGACGGUAUUCCCAACGAUAUUACCCUCAAGACGCCUGCGAGCUUCGAGCCUUCUAUCGACUACGUGAUCACCAAGAUCCCUCGAUUUGCUUUCGAGAAGUUUCCCGGCUCCGUCCCCGUCCUUACGACGCAGAUGAAGUCCGUUGGCGAGGCAAUGGCUGUCGGCCGCACAUGGCAGGAGUCUUUCAACAAGGCCCUUCGUUCUCUUGAAACUGGCCUUUCUGGCUGGGGUCUCAACCCCAAGGAUGGUGAAAUGCAAGGUGAUCUCGAGACGAUCAAGGAAGCUUUGGCAGUGCCUAAUCCUUCGCGCGUUGUUGCCAUGCAUGAAGCUUUCAUGGCUGGCAUGUCUGCUGAGGAGAUUCGUAAAAUCACGGCGUUUGAUCCCUGGUUCCUUCGCCAGAUGGAAGAUUUGUUUCAAACUGAGCAGUGGCUCAAGAGUCUCAGCUCCCUUUCCGACCUGGACAAGCAAGACUGGAGCGAGGUGAAACGCCGUGGUUUCAGCGACAUCCAGAUCGCUCGUGCAUUCAAAGUUACUGAGGGUGAGGUUCGCAAGGCCCGAGUUUCGCUUGGAGUCACUCCUUCCAUGAAGCGCGUUGAUACUUGCGCUGCUGAGUUUGAGGCUUCGACUCCUUACAUGUACUCAUCCUAUGAUGGCAAUGAUGAAGUCGAUGCCACCGACAAGAAAAAGAUUCUCAUCCUAGGAGGCGGUCCCAACCGGAUCGGCCAAGGUAUUGAAUUUGACUACUGCUGCUGCCAUGCUGCUUUUGCGCUUAAGGAUGCUGGCUACGAGACCAUCAUGCUCAACAGUAAUCCUGAGACUGUCUCCACCGACUACGACACGUCUGAUCGUUUGUACUUCGAACCCCUUACUGUUGAGGAUGUUCUCAAUGUCGUGGAGGCUGAGCGACCGGAGGGGAUCAUCGUACAGUUCGGUGGCCAAACUCCUCUUUCCCUUGCCACUCGCCUGGAGAAGGCUCUCACCGACAACCCUAUCCCAGCUGCCUCAGGAAAUGGGAACUGCCGCAUCUUGGGCACUCCUCCCGACAGUAUUGACGCGGCGGAAGAUCGUGAACGAUGGCAGGCGAUUCUUACCGAGCUGGACAUCCUGCAGCCCCCUGGAGGCGUCGCCCGCUCUGAGUCGGAAGCUCUCGUGGCAGCCAACAAUAUUGGGUAUCCAGUUAUGGUGCGUCCUUCUUUCGUGCUCGGUGGACGCGCUAUGGAGAUCGUCUCCUCCGACGCCGAUCUUAAACGUUACAUCCGUACUGCAGUCGAGGUCGAUCCAGAGAAGCCAGUUCUUGUUGACAAGUACCUCAACAAUGCCACUGAGCUUGACGUUGAUGCACUUUGUGAUGCCGAAGGUAAUGUGGUGAUCGCCGGGAUCAUGGAGCACAUCGAGCAAGCUGGCGUUCACUCUGGUGACUCCGCGUGCAGUAUCCCUACACAAACUAUUCCUGAGUCAUCCCUUGCUACAAUUCGUGACUGGACUCCGAAGGUGGCGAAACGGCUUGGUGUAGUCGGUCUCAUCAACAUCCAGUACGCUGUGAUUCCUGAUGGAACUGUUUACAUCAUCGAGGCUAAUCCCCGUGCAUCGCGCACUGUGCCUUUCGUGGCUAAGGCAAUCGGACAUCCGAUUGCUAAGUAUGCGUCACUCGUGAUGGCGGGUGCAACGCUCCAGGACCUCAAAUUCACUGAGGAGGUCAAGCUCAACCACGUCGCUGUGAAGGAAGCUGUACUCCCCUUCGACAAAUUCCCGGGUGCUGAUACCCUCUUAGGCCCUGAGAUGCGUAGUACCGGUGAGGUGAUGGGCAUUGACCGUGAUUUCACGGUGGCGUACGCGAAGGCGCAAAUUGCUGCGGGACAGAGGCUACCCACCUCUGGCAAGGUUUUCAUCUCUGUUCGCGACAGCGACAAGCCUGCUAUAGUGGACGUCGCCAAGCAGUUCCACGAGCUAGGCAUGACUGUGGUUGCAUCGGGUGGCACUGCUAAGACUAUCGAGGCUGCUGGAGUGCCCGUGAAGGUUGCGCCAAAAAUCCACGAGGGCAGGCCUCACAUUGGCGACAUGCUCCUCGACGGAGACAUCUCUCUCAUGGUUGUGACUUCUUCCGGUGACGAGGCGGACAUGAAGGAUGGUCGUCAGAUUCGCCGCACAGCUGUAGGUCUCAAGGUCCCCUUGGUCACCACCAUUGCAGGAGCGAAGGCCACUUGCUCUGCGGUUAAGGUGCUCCAGGAAGGUGCCCUCACGAUGCAACCCCUCCAAGACUUUUUCUAGGGAGACAAUGUCCGAUGGUGGUCGUGUUUAUCAUUCUCUAUCGUGUUCACAUGUUCCUCUUGUGGUUUAGGUGAGAGUAUGUUAUUUAAGUUUCAAACAUCAACAGUC